AUGUGUAAGGACCCUUUACAAACAGCCGAGCUAACACCAGAAGACAAGACGGCGUUCCAAUAUUAUUAUGACACCAUACACCCGCUAUGCCCUAUUCUUCCGGAUUCCCAGUCCACACAACUACCUGAAAUCUUCUACGCAGCAGACAGGAAUUUCCAAGAAGCGCUCAUUUUAGCUGUCACUUUGCUGUCCCAACCUCAAAAUACAUCAAUAUCUGAUGCCGAUCAGCUGAAGUUGGGUGAUGGACAAGCUCGACUCGAGACAUUCGUGAAUGGAAGAGCUAGACAGGAUUAUGUGAAGCGCGGCCAAUAUCACAACAGCUUGGUACUGCUCUGGACCCAGCUUGUUCUCCUUGUCAUGGUACAACAUGAUAUUUCUAGCUGGAACAUUUCGAGCUUACCCCAAUGCGACCUAAUUGAGAUGUCCUUCACCAACUGUGAUGAGUUCUUCAGAAUCAAGCAAUUCACCUCAGACGAUAUGCAUGAUAUGGAGUUUAUCUGCGCAGCACACAUUACAGUUAUGAUGGCAAGACUUUACGCAAUUUCUCAAGGAGAGGCUCAUGAUCCAGUCCCUUCGUCCUUUGUACAACAUUUGGGCUUCAAUAGCGCUAUGCCAUCACGACUCUCUUUCCUCAUUAUGAUGACGGACAGUCUGCAGGCUUCAUUAUCAUUACUACCACAGGGUGGUGUUUCUAUGUGCAGAGGCACUGCAUACGAGAUCAGUCGAUUACAAUCCGCCAACAUCCGAGCCUGGCUAACCGCAACCGGUCUCGCACCUGACGAUCCUCUCGUUGCAGAAGUCAAAGCCUUUACAGAGCUUUUGUCGCUAAGAUGCAGUAGCUCUCGUUUGCAUAUGCCAGCCGUGACUGGUCCUGCAGCUAAUUUAGCCGAGGCCAUACGACGGUCCUCAGUGGUUGAAAAGGAAGCAAAUGGUGGUAAAUAUUUAUAUAAUCCUUUGUCGUUGCACACUUUCACACUCACGACAAUCACACUGUUGGAGCUAUCGCAGUGUGAGCCCGAUGAUCACAUUUCCGAGUCUUUAGUGGAAGAUGGCAUACAAGAGAUGAGAAAGUCGCUUACGGACUUGGUGGGUCGGCGCAACACUGACGGUGGGAGCGCUGACGGAAAGUUCUGGGCGAACGUGCUAUUGGACAUGAUCGAUUGCGCAACAAGAUCUCGACCCGUGCUGGAGGGGGUGUCGGAGGAUGUCAACAAGAAGAAAGAGGAGGACAUAACUGUUGAUCUUACGCAACUGCUGCAACGAGGCUAUGCGAACACGCUCAUGGACUUUGUAACAAAAGAUGGAAGGACUGAGUAG